AUGCUUGUUUAUGUUGCUUCUCCUAAAAUACUGCUGCCAGAAGAUAUGAUGAGGAAAGUUUUGAAAGAGAUCUCUGUGGGGAACCUUAAGCCCAAUGAAACAGUGGAAGCAAAUUUGGAAGCCCAGCUGUUGUCCAGGCUAGACCAUCCAGCCAUUGUUAAAUUCUAUACAAGUUUUGUUGACGGAGAGAGUUUUUGCAUCAUCACUGAAUACUGUGAGGGUCGAGACCUUGACUUUAAAAUUCAAGAAUACAAAGGAAGUGGCAAAGUAUUUCCUGAAAGCCAAAUAAUAGAAUGGUUUAUACAAUUAUUACUUGGAGUAAACUACCUGCAUGAAAGACGAAUACUUCAUCGAGAUUUGAAAGCUAAGAAUAUUUUUUUGAAAAAUAAUCUGGUUAAAAUUGGGGACUUUGGAGUUUCUCGCCUCUUGAUGGGAUCCUGUGAUUUAGCAACUACUUUUAUUGGGACACCUUUCUACAUGAGCCCAGAGGCAUUGCAACAUCAGGGUUAUGACACAAAAUCAGACAUUUGGUCACUUGGAUGCAUUUUGUAUGAGAUAUGUUGUUUGGAUCAUGCAUUUACUGGUCAUAGUUUUCUGUCCAUUGUUCUAAAAAUUGUAGAGAGCAAAACACCUUCUCUUCCAGAAAGUUUUCCAAGGGAACUUGAUUCUGUCCUACAUAGUAUGCUGAAUAAGGACCCUUCACUGAGGCCGUCAGCUGCAGAGCUUUUAAAAACUUCAUACAUUGAUGAUCAGUUACAGAUUAUGAAAUAUAAACACACAAACGUGAUCACAAAGGACUGGAUAUUUAAUUCCCAGGAAGAAGCUGUUCAUAUAAUGAGUGCUGUACAGAAAAAGGUACACCUCCAAACUCUGAGGGCCAUAUCUGAAGUGCAGAAAAUGACACCACGUGAACGGAUGCGAUUGCGGAAAUUAAAUUUAGCUGAUCAAACAGCGCAGAAGCUGAAACAGUUGGCUGAAGAAAAGUAUCAAGAAAAUCUCAAAAGAAUGCAAGAACUUAGAUCCCGUAAUUUUCACCAAGUGAAUAUAGAUGUGCUUCAUGAAUCUGAUCAGCACAGUUCAGAACACCUCAUUAAAUCUCAGCCUGUCACUACAUGGGACUAUUUCUCCAUAGGAUGCAGUGACCAAAGGGACAAUGAUACAGUAAGCAGGCUGUAUAAGUCUGAUCCAGCAGAGCAUGAGAUCCCAGAGGAUCCUCUUACUGCAGAAGAAUAUUAUAAUGAUGCAUUUGAAUCCUGCUCAGAAACAAGUGAAGAAGAGGAUGAGGAAGAGGAAGAAAUGAAUGCAUCACAGACUGUGUGUAAAACUCACUCACAGGACAGUGAUGUUGAAGCAAUGGUCAGAUACAUGGAGAAUAUCAUAAAUACCAAUACUGUAGGAACUGGAAGUUUCACUGAAGUGACUCCAUUGGGACCUGUGGGAUUGAAAGCUCUCAACAAUACCAUGGCGACAAGCAAGCUGAGACAUAUGAAGGAGUCAGCCAUUCAAAAAUUGGGAGCAGAAAUUUUUGAAAAAGUGUAUGAGUUCCUCCAACAAGCAAGACAGAGGAAUGCAAGUGAAGAUGAAGUCAAAGAAUACCUUGAAAAAUUGGUGUCUCGGGCAAGUGACUGCUUUGAGGUAGAUCAGCUCCUCUAUUUUGAAGACCAGAUGCAAGCCUCAGAAGAUAUUUCAGCUAAUGCUGCUUUCUGGUUAUAG